UGAGAUGACAGCGGGUAAUUAGGAAUUAAGAUGAAUAUUCUGUUUUUCGUAAGUCUUCUUUCCUUAUCAUGUGCAUUUCCGUCCCAGUCCAGGAAACAAAAAAUACAGGACUCUGUAACUCAAGAAUUAGUGCCAAUUCAGAUAUUACUCACACAAGACCAUACUCGAAGAAAACGAUCGACAAAUACAUUUCCGGAUAAACUCCUCUUUAAAUUCACCACCAGUGAUGGCGAUGUGCGGUUGGAUCUGACCAGAAAUGAUUUGGUCAAAGUUCCUCCAGUUCUCUUGUGGACUGGCGGACGAGUGGUCAAUGACACAACCUUUAACUUACAGAGAGAUUUUGCCUUGUAUCAAGGCACUGAAAUGGGAGCCAACGCGCUGGUGCGUUUUCCUGAAGACGACUAUACAAGGUUUGAAUUGCAUGCAAACUAUAUCAUUGGGACUGAUUUUUACUCCAUUGAACCGGUGACGUCCAGAACGAGGCGGUCUGUAAAGAUCGUGGAACCCCCGUUCUCCAAGACCACCCCUCAUCCUGCAACUAUCCGGAUCCACAAUGUACUAAGACUGGAAAAGGAUUCCCUCGACUUCGGGAACGAUAUGUUUAUUAUUGAGAACGAACCAUCUCCGUCGGAGGGACUGAGGCCACAGAGGGUGAUGGAAGGUUCCAGUACUACACCCCAGACACUAGGGCCAUUUAUCAUAGAUCCAGGCAUGGGUAUCAAUACAAGGAAAAGAAGAGAAAGCAAUGAGAAUCACAGUCAGAACAAAAGAAGUACUAACCAGUUGUAUGUGGAAUACUUAGUGUGUGUAGACUACGCCAACUUCAUCAUAUGGAAGUCCAUGUCAAAUGCAACCAAUGAAGACCAAAGAAAUGAAGAAGCCAAAAACGCAAUAACCAAAUACUAUCUCUAUCUUGUAAAUGGGAUAGACACCCGAUUUAAGACGGCUCAGACCCCUCAAGGCGACUUACGUGUAGCUAUAGCUGGAAUUGUACUGGCAAUGGACCAGAAAUCGUCCAACUGGACAGAGAACAAUGUGAUUAGUGGGAAUAAGGUAUAUGAUGGGAAUACCUUGAUGGAUUUCGCCAUUUGGUCGAAUGCCCAAAAGUCUGUGUUACCCAGACACGACCAUGCUGCCUUAUACACGGGAUAUAAUCUGGCAGAAACGUCCACGGAUGAUAGAACUAUAGGUAUUGCCUAUCUGUCCAGAGUGUGCAAUUCUUACGCAGCAUCCGUUAAUGAGGAAACAUUCAACGCUAUCGCAAUUCACAUUGGUGCUCAUGAGCUUGGUCACAGUAUUGGUGCAUCACAUGACACAGGGGCGUGUCCUUCCAGUAAUUUUAAUUUGAUGGCGGGUAUUUUACCAAAUCCCGCCAAUCUUAGUCCUGACAUGGCGCUGAACACGUACAAAUUCUCGGCUUGCUCGAGAGCAGCAAUUGGAACCUACGUUAGCGGUUUGCUUGAAAAUUGUUUGAGUAACAUACCACCGUAUUUGGAUGUGGUCACCCGAGAGAGCCAAGCCUUUACAGCAGACGAACAAUGUGCAAUGACAUAUGCGCCAUCUGUUGGUUCCACAGUCUGUCGGGAGACGUAUACUGGAACUAUACUCAAGUGGUCAGAGAUUUGUCACAAACUUCGGUGUCGUAUUCCCGGAAGUACUUCAUGUUCCGCCCAUUUUACGUUUGAUGGAACCCCGUGUGGUAACUACAAGUGGUGCCAACUAGGACAGUGUGUCAGUUCUACAAAAGCUCUGGAUGUGCCAGAUAACUGCCCACUUGGUGAUGAUCCUAGCUAUAACUGUGAUGCCUCUCUGUGUAGUCAGUACUCGCAAAAUGUCCGAGAGGGAAGCUGCUGUCACACUUGUUUAAUAGGAACUACAACAACUAAUAUGCCGACGACGACAACAACACCGAUCACAACAACGCUGACUAAAGCUACAACGACGACACCUACAACCACAACGAUUACAACAACAACGUCGAUUACAACAACGACAACAAAACCGACAACAACAACAACUCUGACUAAAACAACAACACCAACCACCACAACGCCAACAAUAACAUCACCAAAAACAACAACAACAGCAACUACAAACACAGUGACACCAAAAAUGACACUGAUUUCAACAACAACACAGACAACAACAACGCCGACCACAACAACACCUAUAAGAACAACUUCGUCGACGACAACACCAACAACAACGCCCACCACAACCCCAACUACAACAACACCUACAACAACAUCGAUAUCGACGACAACAUCAGCUACUUCAGCAUCUACAACAACAACGUCGAUAUCGACGACAACAUCAACUACAACGAUAAAACCAACCACAACACCUGCCACAACUACGUCAACUACAACAACACCAAGUACGACGCCCACUACAACAAUUAUGCCAACUACAACACCUAUAAUCACAACAACGACAACACCGAUAACAAUGACAAAACCAACCACAACAACACCUGCAAACACAUCAAUGCCAACCAUGACACCAUUAACCACAACUCUACCAACUCUGACUACUACAAUGGUAACACCAACAACAGUGCAAACUACUACACCAUCAUCAACAACAACAAUGACCACAAAGCCAACUACAACAAUGACAGCAACACCGACUACAUCUCCAAAAACUACAAUGACAACAAAUGAAUCACCAACACAGACAACAAUGCCAACCACAACAACACCAAUGACAACUAUGCUGACUUCAACAACACUGGCACCUACAACAUCGACUACAACAACUAAACCUACAACAACACUGCAGACAACAACUCCAACCAUAACAAGAACUACUACAAUACUGACCACAACAUCACCACUCACAACACCGAAGACAACAACAACACUGACCAUGACAAAAAAACCUACAACAUCAAUUUCAUCAACUCAGACCACAUCAACACCCACAACUACACCAUCCAAAGCACCAACCACAAUAUUGCAGACCACAACAACAAUGAAAACUUCUACAACAUCACCAACACCAAUAACACAAACCACUGAAAAAACUCCAACUACAUCAACACCGACGACAACAACAACACCUACCAGUACAACCACAAAAACCACAAUGACAUCAACUGCAAUACCUACCAACACAGUAUUAACUACAGCAGCUACUACAACAACAUCAACAACUACCACAACAACACCGACAACAACAACUACCACAAUACCAACUACCACAACAAUAACUACCACAACAACACCAACCACAACAACAUCAGCAACAACAUCAACACCUCCCACAACAACAUCAGCACCUACCACAAAGAUCACAACAAAACCAACCACUACAACAACACCAAUCACGAUGACUUCACCUAUAACAAAGACGCCAAAAACAACUUUUUCAGCAACUUCAACAGAUCAACGAACAAUGAUCAGUCCCACAACUUUUAUACCAACAUUACAAACAACAAAACAGACAACUAUUGAAACAACAACAGACAGUAGUGAUGAUGUGAUAAUCAAUUUUAUGCAGCAAGCAAACUUCUAUCAUUUAACAAAAAUAGCUUUAUUUCAAGCUCUUGUAGCCAACAUUGUGUAAUUUAUAAACUUACUUCCAUCAUCAGUCUACACACAUUU